AUGACGAAACUCAUCCUCCUGCCGAAUGAGAUCCUACACCAUGUCUUCCGCCAGGUCGACCCGGUGGAUUUGGCGCACUUAUCCCGGAGCUGCACGCUCCUGAACAAAAACAUCGCGGGUGAUGGGCAACUGUUCAAGGCUGUGUAUUGCUAUAUGCUGGACGCACCUCCAGAAUCUCAAGCCAAGACGUUUGAUUACAAGAACCAGUUGCGGGAGUUCGUAAAGUGUAGGCGCAUCUUGGACAGCAGCACCGAGAAGCCAAUGAUCUUCAACACCCCAGAUGAGGAGGCUCUCUUGUUCUUAGCAGACUGGACGACAAGAUUCCUGCGUACGGCUCACAGCACGAAGUCUCGGAACCUCGGAUUCCUGCACGCGUACUUCUCCCGCCUCAACCCCAAAAACCUCACCCGCUUCCUCUGCCACUCCUCAACCUGGGACCGCGCCCGCCUCCUCAACCUCAACCCCUUAUGCGAAACCCCCUUCGCCGUGCGUCAAGCCUCCGCCAAGCUCCACGUCCUGUACGGCAAGCCGCUCCUCAAACCCACCAGGAACGCCCAGCGAAAGGGCCCGACUGUCGACCUUACCCCGAAUCACAAGGACCCUUACCCCUACGCCGUCAGCAAGGUCUACGAUCUUCGCAACUACACGGAAGAGACUAUGUGGGGCCCGUAUCUGGCAGACGGAUACGCGAGCGUCGACUGGGAGAAGCUCGAGGCGGUGAUGCUGCUGUUGGGCUACAAUGCGGAGGUGUUCAAGGAGAGUGUGGGCGAGAACAUGCUGCCUGCGGGCUUCAGUUGGGAUGAGGGCUGGGCGGGAGCUACCCCCGGCAGUUAUACGAGUACGGAUAUAUAUGGGAGCAGUCAAGUGGAGGAGUUCGAGGAGGUCAUUGAGGGGGAGGGGGAUGAGGCGACGGAGCCGGUGGUGGAUCCGUAUAACAUUGGGGGGACGUGGAUGAGGGUCGUUUGUUUCCUGGACUUCCACGAGCUCUUCGCAUAUAAUUUCACAAACCCUGCGACGCCUACCGACCGCCCAAGACCUGCUCUCCAGACGACAGAAGCCAUCCGCCUCAUCUCCAUGGAGCUUCGCGUUACGCAUACUGAGCCGCCUGGACCGGACGACGGGCAAGAACUGCCUGUUGUGUUUUUCGAGGGCAUCAGUCGGAGUCUGCAUUCGCCACGGGACGUGAAUGCUAAUUCGAACAUCAAGGGCUGUCCGAGCAAUGUUGCGUGGGGGACUGCGGCUAACGGCAAGUCAAAUAGCGAGGAGAGAUGGCGCAGCGAAGGCAUUCAAGUCGGUGGUGUUGGCUCUGCCCGUGGUGUCCUAGGCCAUUGGUUCGACAAAGACCACGACGUCCACGGCCCAGCAGGUCCAACGGGCUUCUACAAGAUCAGCGACCAGAUCAAGAACUACGCAUCGGACUCCGACACUGAAGAGCCGCCUGUCUUGGACGUUGAGAUAGAUGACGACGUCGAAGAUGUAGAGGAGGUUCAGGCUUUCAUCGGCCAGCUGGCGGAAGCAAUUGGCAUGAAUAUGCCUGGGUUACAUGCCCACGUGCACAUUGAGAAUGCGAAUAAUUCGAAUAGCGACGGAGAUGGGGGUAUUAAUGGUGGUGGAGGGAUUGCGGGAGGCAAUGGCACCCUGCAGGGUAUCUUGAGCGCCAAUGAGCACGAGCAUGAAGCAGAGGAGCGGGGCUAUGCCGCUGACAGAAACGGGUUCUCCUUCGAUGACUGA